UGCUGCGUCGUUUGUUCGCCCUCCCCCGCGCGCUUCAAUCUCAAAGCCUGCUUGCACCACAGCCAUCGCCGGCGAUGACGGAGGGAGAAGCAGGGCGACAGCUGUGCGAGGAGCAGCACGCCAAAGAGCAUCUGCUGCCUGUUUUGCAUAAAGGAUCCCUCCGCGCCGGCUUUCCUGUGAGUGCGGCGCAGCCACAAUGUAUAGGAGGUUCAGGACAUCUUCCUGCAGACGGGUGUGCUGUCUGCUUCCGUCUGUCUCCAUCUGGCCACUGAGAUCUCCCGCCCGUGACUUGCGCUCUUGGGGAACGAACCUGCCUGUUGGCGCUGGAUUACCAAUCCCCACCGUUGCUGGGAGCGAGGAAAGAUUGCAAAGUCCGUUCUUUAGGAAGUACUCCUCCUAUCAAUCUGGUUCUGUACAUGCUCAUUCAUUGAACAAGGACCUAUCAAUGCCUGAGCGGCGACAAUAUGUCACGCAUCCUUGUUCUCACUUGAGAGCAAAAGAUCUUGUUGCAUUUGCGAUUCGCUUUUCGACACCUUUCCCAUCAUAUCCAUACUGUACCUCAUCAUCUUCUGCUCUUGAGCAUAAAGAUGAGCAUCAAACAACAGGGGAUGGAGCUCCUCCCUCUCCGGAGGCUUCGGAGGAACGUGAUGCUGCGCAGUUGACGUCAAGGGAUCAUGUGGGCGAGUGCUCUGCACUGCCACAGUGCCCUUCAGGCAGUUCUAUUGAUAGUCUCGUGACUUCCAAAAGGCAUGACAUGGCGCUGAUCUUCACAUGCAAUGUCUGUGAAACCCGGUCUGCGAAGACAAUGAGCCGAAAAACAUACGACACGGGUGUAGUGGUUGUGCGAUGUCCUGGAUGCCAGAAUCUUCACUUGAUUGCCGACAGGAUGGGCUGGUUUGGUAAGCCGGGAAGCAUCGAGGAUUUCCUCGCCGACAAAGGUAUCUCUGUGCGAAAGGGAUCGGAAGAGACCUAUGAGUUCUCGUUAGAAGACAUAAGAGGAUGGACUCCCGCCAAGGCUUGAUCAGUUGACCUCUGAGUGAAACUUCAGUGAAGAUGUGGCUGGAUGAAAAGGUGCGACACAACUUGGAAAGUUUGAAUGCUCCGUUAUUCCGCUAAAGCCGUGUGAAGUUGUUUUUUCGAGCGUGAAGGAUGGGGAUUUACGGUAUGCGAAAAUGAACUGCAGCGACAUUA